CAGAGCAGAAGCGCGUCAUGGGACGCCAGUGCGCUAAAACAGAGACGCUGGAUCGCUGCGACUCACUUUUUACGCAAUUUUUUCAUGUGUUCAGACUUCCAGUUCGGAUCUGCCUGAAUCUUUUGACUUUUCAAAGUAUUCUUUAGACGGUCUUCUGAACAGCAGACAUGAAUGCUACAUUUAACCAAAUGGACAGCGGAAUCUUUUCCAACCGGACUGAGGAGAUCCUCCUGUGCUGUAACUUGUCGUCGGUGGUGACGGAUAACGGCUUCACGGCGACCGCCCCGGAUGAGAGGAGUCUCUUCAUCAUGAGAAUAGUUCAGAUAGCGGUGAUGUGCGUCCUCUCCCUCACCGUAGUCUUCGGGAUCUUUUUCCUUGGCUGUAACUUGCUGAUCAAGUCAGAAGGGAUGAUCAACUUUUUGGUAACAGACCGGAGACCUUCCAAAGAGGUAGAGGCGGUCAUCGUGGGCGCGUACUAGAGACAUGAUGAGGAUUAUUCCUGCCAUCAAAUGAAGUUUGUGUGCCUCCUGAUGGACAUGUUUUUCGAUGACCUCUUUACAAACAAGACACAGUAUUCCUAUUUGGCCCGCUGAAAACUUUUAUUUGGGAAAUCAACGGAAUGCGUUCUCACAUUCUGUGUGCGCACACGAUCAAACGCUUCUUUCAUGAGACGAACCACCCAGAUUUAAAAUCAGAUAAAGACAUGGAGUCUUACAUUUGUCAUUGAAAAUAUUUAUAUGUGCAAACACUGGAGUUGUUGCACAUAUUGACUGUUUUGUAAUGGUUACGGAUGUCCUGUCUGUAAAGCACAAUGUAAGCAUUAAUUAGUUGUUGUUUAGCGAGGUCAAAGCGUAAUGUUUAAUAAAAUGUUUCAUAUUUAUAUGAAUUAUUAUUAUUAUUUUCUCUUUUAUUUGUUUUUAUUAUUGGAUGCACUCCUUUUCAGGGGCAUUUUGUGGAGAUGUAUUUACAGAUAAAAUGAGCUUGAAUGUACUGGAAAAUUAAUGUCAUUUUAAGGGUCAGAACAAGUGUAACUUUAAGGUAAAACAUCACAUAUUCACCUUGAUUUAAAACAAGUGUCAUUGAAUAUAGUUUGCUAAUGUGUUACAGUACAUUUGAAUUUUAUUCUGACAUCCAGGCUAAUGCAUGUCGACAUGAAUUUAAUGUCUCACAUAUCAAGUAUUGCUGCGGCAAAGGGGACUUUUUCAAAUAAAGCCUGUA